AGCCUCGAAAUGGGAAAUGGUGACGAGACAAGUAGGUUUUGGUAACAUUGAGAAACAUCCGAAAUAAAGUUUUUAAAAUCAGUUGUUUAGUAGUUUACCCUCGGACUUUGGUUUUUCAUGCUUAUUGUGGCUGCAACAAUCUUCCAGUAAAAUGGCAACUGCUUCAUCAUCCCAAGUAAUCGAAAAUAUUCACGAGCAACUCAUAUGCGCUAUAUGUUUGGAUAGGUUCACGGAACCGAAGUUUUUAGCAUGUCUGCAUACGUUCUGCUGUCAAUGCUUACACAAGAUUACCAAUCAACAACCACGUGAUAACGUCACGUGUCCGACAUGUCGUGAAGAAACUAAGAUUCCCGAGGACGGCUUGGAUAAGUUGAAAACAAACUUCUUUGUUAACAGUAUGCUAGAUCUUGUCCAACUAAAAAUUGAAGAAAUUAAAAAAGAGAAAAAGAAGGGAGAGAAGUGUGAACAGUGUCAAGAACAUGAUAACGCCAUAUCAAGAUGCAUAGAGUGUGACUUAGUGUUAUGUGGAAGCUGCAUAGCUGAUCACAAACGAGGACGCACUACCCUUGACCAUCGCAUCAUAUCAAUGGAAGAAGAAGAAUACAGCGAUCGACAAUCCCUCGAUAAAUACACGCUCACAUUUUGUCGAUAUCACACCCGUAAUGUGAUUAAGUAUUUCUGCAACACAUGCGACGAAGCAGUGUGUCGCGUCUGUACGAUAUUAGAACAUCGCGAACAUCAGUUUGUCUACCCCAAAGAGGCUAUGCCACAACAGAAACCUAUAAUAGAAGAACUUCUGGUGCAAACAAAGAAACACAUUCCUGUUCUUAAAUCGACUAUUCGAGAUAUAACAUCUAUGCAGGGAACAUUAAAAGAUUGUCGCGCAUCGAUAGUCAGUGAAAUUAACGCCAAAACACAAGCACGUAUAGACGCGUUAUUACUGUCAAAAGAUAAACUUAUUGGCGAUUUAGAUCGCGUAUAUACAGCUAAGCAAAAGACACUCAGUUUACAAUCGGAUGGCGUUGAAUUAGAAUUAGGGAAGAUAACUGGCUGCUGUAGUUUUGCAGAUAAUGUCUUAAAGUUUGGAAACGAGGUUGAAAUUUUGCAAAUCAAAUCGAGGCUACAAGAACUAAAUAAACUUUCUAUUAAGUUGGAUCCAGAAGAAGAUGAUUCUAUUCAAUACAUUGCAGACGUUGACCCUGCACUCAACACUAUUGAUUGUCUGGGUAAAAUCUCUUCAAGUCAAACAUUUGCGUCGCUUUCUUACGCUGAAGGUGACGGCUUAGAAACACCGAGGGUUGGAAUCGAAACAAGCAUAGUGGUACACGCUCAAAACAGACAUGGGAAAAAAUGCACAGGUAGUGAUCGCGUCGAAGCGACUUUGGUUCUCCCGGAUGAAACCAGAAAAGUGAUGACGGCGGAAGAUAACGACGACGGUACAUACACCAUAAGUUUUGUACCUGAUGUCAGCGGAAAACACUUGCUUCAAAUCACAAUGCAAGAAAAGCCGAUACGGGGUAGCCCGUUCAAAAUUGUCGUCAUAAAUAGGCGAGAGUACAACGAAGUCGGUACAAGCUUGUUCAAGUUUGGACAAUAUGGUUCGAAACGUCGAGAGUUUAAGUCACCGUUUGGUGUGGCAAGCGACUUGGAAGGAUUUAUUUACGUUGCUGAUAGUUACAACCAUCGAGUGCAAACUUUCGGACCGAGAGGAGAGUUUGUUCACAUGUUUGGUUCCCAUGGAGACAGAAAAGGGGAGUUUAACUGUCCGACAGACGUUGCUGUGUCGCCAAAUAAUAGACUCGUUGUUUGCGACAACGGAAAUAAUCGCGUCCAGGUUUUUGGUAGAAAUGGAAAUUUUAUAGCGAAGUUUGGAAGAGAAGGAGCGAAGAACGGUCAUUUUAAAUCACCAUGGGGCAUAACAGUUUCUACUAUUUCUCGGGAAAUAAUUGUCGCAGACACCGACAACCAUCGAAUCCAAAUCUUCACCGCUGAAGGUAAGUUUGUCAUGAAGUUUGGAUCGCACGGUGACCGAGCUGGUCAGUUCAAUUCUCCUUGCUACGUUGCUGUGAAUCCAGAGAACGAACAUGUCUUAGUGUCUGACUCCAAAAAUCAUCGGAUACAAAUCUUUGAUCGGAGAGGGAAGUUUAUCCAGUUGUUUGGAGUACAAGGUCAACAAGACGGGCAGUUCAACCACCCUCGUGGACUCUCUAUGGAUAUCGCCAACAAUGUUAUUGUUUCAGACAUGGGAAACCAUCGACUACAAAUACUGACGUACAGUGGCAAGAUGGUCAAAUGUAUUGGUUCGGAAGGGAAUGGUGACGGACAGUUGUCUUUUCCAGAGAGUGUGGCAGUUACACCAAAUGGUUACAUCAUAGUGUCAGAUCUGAGCAAUAAUCGCAUUCAAGUGUUUUAAAAUUAUCCAGCUUGAGAAAUUGUAAAUAGAUGAUUUAGUUUUAAAUAUAUUUUCAUAUCAUAUA